CAGGUACCAAUGGAAAUGUAUACAUGUAUGCCCUUGAGACUGACCAAUGGCAGAGGACAGAGUGGGUUUAUAAGAGGGCUCUGACAGUGGCUCAGUACCGAGGCAAAAACGGACAAAACCAUGAAGGUCAUCAUUCUUCUCGCUCUGUUCGCUGUGGCAUUCGCUGCCCCCAUUGACGAUGAGGAUGACAAGAUUGUUGGAGGGUACGAGUGCAGAAAGAACUCUGCAUCCUACCAGGCAUCACUGCAGUCUGGCUACCACUUCUGUGGUGGCUCCCUGAUCUCCAGCACAUGGGUGGUGUCUGCUGCUCACUGCUACAAGUCCCGCAUCCAGGUGCGUCUGGGUGAGCACAACAUUGCCGUCAACGAGGGCACUGAGCAGUUCAUCGACUCAGUAAAGGUCAUCAUGCACCCCAGUUACAACAGCCGCAACCUGGACAAUGACAUCAUGCUGAUCAAGCUGAGCAGGCCCGCCUCCCUGAACAGCUAUGUGAGCACUGUGGCUCUGCCCUCCAGCUGUGCCAGCUCUGGCAUCCGCUGUCUGGUCUCUGGCUGGGGCAACCUAUCCGGCAGCAGCAGCAACUACCCUGACACUCUGAGGUGCCUGGAUCUCCCCAUCCUGAGCAGCAGCAGCUGCAACAGCGCCUAUCCUGGACAGAUCACCUCCAACAUGUUCUGUGCUGGCUUCAUGGAGGGAGGCAAGGACUCUUGCCAGGGAGACUCCGGUGGCCCCGUGGUGUGCAAUGGUCAGCUGCAGGGUGUUGUGUCCUGGGGUUACGGCUGUGCCCAGAGGAACAAGCCUGGUGUCUACACCAAGGUCUGCAACUACAAAUCCUGGAUCAGCAGCACCAUGUCCUCCAACUAAUUGAUCUAGACUGGAGGAGACAUCUUCUCUCAGACAGAAAUCCAUGAUAACAACAACUGUCAUGAGAAAAUAAAUUCUAUUUUACUUUUAAA